AUGACCGGAGCGGAUAUCAAUGCUAUUUUAGGCACCAUCGGAAUUCAAUUCACUGGGUGGGCCUCUGCAUCUGCAGACCCAGCUUCUCAAAAUGACCAUUCUUGCGAACUUACCAAGGACGAGGUCAAAGAUCUCGUCCGUCGGAUUGAUAGGUUGGCAGAGGUACUCGAGAGGCAAAACAUCAACAGAGGCAACCCAUUGAUCGAGGGUGGACCCACUCGCUCUGGCUCCCCAGCCAUGGUAACACUGAACCUUGGUGGCCCUGUGGUAGUCAUGGCCCCGCGCUACCACAGUGGCACCAGCGACAAGCUCGCACUUCUACGUAGUGUUGGCGACUAG